AUUGAAUAUGUGGGAUGAGUGAGACUGAGUCAAAGAUGGCCCCAGAGAUCUAAGUCUUGGUGACAGAAUAUGAUGAUACCCUUGGCAGUAAUGGGAAAGUUCAGAAGGGAGAAGGAUUUGGGAGGAAAAAUAAUGAGUCCUGCUCUGGCCAAGACCCUGACUUCAGAAUUUCUUCAUCUACACCUAAUGACCAGUUGGUCCUAAGAGAGGCUCUAAAAGUCAUCCAAAUUCAUAGCAUCAUCCUGUUAUUUGGAUUUCCUUUAUAAGGAGAAUGAAGAGGGCAGCUGCUGCAUUAAGAACAAGACUGCUCAAGGUGAAGGAUAAUAAUCUACUAGUACCAGCACUUUGAAUGAAAUUUUGUUUCUUUGCCACAAACUGAACUUUUUUUUUGAGGGGGGGUUGAAAUACAAACUUAACCUUGUGGUAUAGCAGCUAUGCAGCUUGAAAUCCAAGUAGCACUAAAUUUUAUUAUUUCGUAUUUGUACAAUAAGCUUCCCAGGCGACGAGUCAACAUUUUUGGUGAAGAGCUCGAAAGACUUCUUAAAAAGAAAUAUGAAGGGCACUGGUAUCCAGAAAAGCCAUACAAAGGAUCAGGGUUUAGAUGUAUACAUAUAGGGGAUAAAGUGGACCCAGUGAUUGAACAAGCAUCCAAAGAAAGUGGUUUGGACAUUGAUGAUGUUCGUGGAAACCUGCCCCAGGAUCUGAGUGUUUGGAUCGACCCAUUUGAGGUUUCAUACCAAAUUGGUGAAAAGGGACCAGUGAAGGUGCUUUAUGUGGAUGAUAAUAAUGAAAAUGGAUGCGAGUUGGAUAAGGAGAUCAAAAACAGCUUUAAUCCAGAGGCCCAGGUGUUUAUGCCGAUAAGUGACCCAGCUUCAUCAGUGUCCAGCUCUCCAUCUCCUCCUUUUGGUCACUCUGCUGCUGUAAGUCCUACUUUCAUGCCCCGUUCUACUCAGCCUUUAACCUUCACCACUGCCACUUUUGCUGCCACCAAGUUUGGCUCGACCAAAAUGAAAAAUAGUGGCCGCAGCAACAAGGUUGCACGCACUUCUCCCACCAACCUCGGCUUGAAUGUGAAUGACCUCUUGAAGCAGAAAGCCAUUUCUUCCUCAAUGCACUCUCUCUAUGGGCUUGGCCUGGGUGGCCAGCAGCAGCCACAGCAGCAACAGCAGCAGCAGCAGCAGCAGCAGCAGCAGCAACAACAACAACAACAGCCAUCACAGCAGCAGCAGCAGCAACAGCAGAAGACUUCUGCUCUCUCUCCUAAUGCAAAGGAGUUUAUUUUCCCUAAUAUGCAGGGUCAAGGUAGUAACAAUGGAAUGUUCCCAGGUGACAGCCCCCUUAACCUCAGUCCUCUCCAAUACAGUAAUGCCUUUGAUAUGUUUGCGGCCUAUGGAGGCCUCAACGAGAAGUCUUUUGUGGAUGGCUUGAAUUUUAGCUUAAAUAACAUGCAGUAUUCUAACCAGCAAUUCCAGCCAGUUAUGGCUAACUAAAAAAAGAAAAAAAGAAAAAAAGAAAUGUUAUUGUACAAGUUGAAAUGCACGUGCCCAAGGGGGCACUUUUUUUCACCCCCUUGAGAUUUUUUUUAAAAGCUUAUAGUAUGGAGUCAUUCAAGCUUGGUUACAUAAACACAACAUGCAUCAUUUUUCAUUUGCCAACCAAGCACAAAGUUAUUUUAUACUGACUGUACAUUUUAAAGUAUACUCUCAAAUAUGGCCUCUUACAGUAUUUAAGAUAUAGCAAGGACAUGCUAAUUUUUUUUAUAAAAAAUUGGCACUAAUAAGUGGGUUUAUUGGUCUUUUCUAAUUGUAUAAUUUAAUUUAGUACAAAGUUUGUAAAAUAUCAGAGUAUAUAUAUUGUUUCUAUGACAUGGUAUUGCAUUUAUAUCUUUUUACUACAGUGAUCUGUGACAGCUGGAGCAGCUUCAUGUUGUAUUUUUUUUUACUGAAAUUGUAAAAUAUCCAUCUUAAAGACAUCAACUAUUCUAAAAAUUGUGUACAGGAUAUUCCUUAGUGGUGGAAUUAAAAUGUACGAAUAUUUGCUUUUUCAAAAAAAAAACAAAUUGUAUUUUCUGUUAAAAGUUUAAAGAUUUUUGCUAUAUAUUAUGGAAGAAAAUGUAAUCGUAAAUAUUAAUUUUGUACCUAUAUUGUGCAAUACUUGAAGAAAACGGUAUAAAAGUAUUUUGAGUCAGUGUCUUACAUGUUGAGGGACUGAAAUAGUUUAUAUUAAGUUUGUAUUAAAAUUCUUUAAAAUUAAA